UUCCCCCCUCUGCAGCAGCUGCUGGCGCUGCAGGCGCAGAGCUCGGCGCUGGAGGUGCCCGACGGUGUCGUUCUCCCCCCCGGCCACUUGGUGGCGCUGCUGCGCUCGCUGCGGCUGCAGGAGGCGCUGCGGGAGCUGCGGCUGCGCAAUUGCCCCAUGGCGGAGGCGGCGCUGGCGGAGCUGCGGCUCACGCUGGGCACCGUGCCCCGCCUGGCACGGCUGGCACUGCCCGCAGCGGGCAUCGGAGCGCAGGGAAUCAGCAGCCUCUGCCAGGCUGGAGCGGCUCUGCAGUCCCUGCAGGUGCUGGAUCUCAGCCUGAACCCCGUGGUCAGCGGCCGCGCUGUGGCCGCGCUGCUGGCGCAGUGUCCGGCGCUGGUCACUCUGAGGCUGCAGGGCUGCGGCAUCACCGAGCCCUUCUCCGUGCCCGAGGCGUCCCCCCUGCAGUCGCUGUCCCUGUCCCACAACCCCUGGGCCGCGAGGGGCUGCGGCGCCUCCUGAGGACGAUCCCGGCCCUGCGGAGCCUGCGCAGCCUCGAGCUGGCCGCGGUCACCGGGCACAGCGCCGGGGACAGCGCCGGGGACAUCGGGGACGUCGGCAGGGACGUGGCUGAGUACCUGCAGCAGGCCGACUGUGCCCUCUGUCACCUGUCGCUGGCCGGGAACCACCUGAGGGACAAGGACAUCGACGAGCUGGCACGGUGAGG